ACUUUCAACAUUUCAGUCGACUCUCAAGGUAGAAAAAAAAACCGCUCUACCGGGCUGAAGGAGAGCUUCGCGUUCACACACACACACACACACACACACACACACACACACAGAGGAGAGACAGAUUACACGGGGAGAGUGACGGCGGCGCGUUUCGCCGAGCAGGAGACCUGUUCGCCCGGAGUGAUUGGCUAUUUCUUCAAAAUGAGAAAGUCUUGAGAAAUGUCCCUCUCUUUUUCUUCUUCUUCUUUUUUCACCCUCCCCGGGCGACACCUUCAGCAGCCAUAAUGUACAGGCGGAAACAGGCGAGUGUUCGCAGCUUCCAAACAAUAUUUUCUGGAUUGUCAAGAACUCAGAGAUCUCAGAAGGCUGAGCGCUGAGUGCCGUUAACACCUUCGCCGACAACAUCUGAGGAGCACGUCCUGUUUUUUGAUUCCACCCGUCACAUUCCCCCGUCUCGUCGCGCUGAUAGACUCCACCUGCUCACCUGGUGACCCGCUGUUGCUAUGGAGAAUCUCAGCGAGCUGCAGAAUCCAUUGUUGGACAAAAACAGUAAGCACAUGGUGAACGGUUACGGGGGCGACUUCCCCAAUAACCAGUACCAGGAAAACAUCAUUAACUACUUCGCUGGCGGAGGAGGUGGAGGUGAGGGAGGAGGAGGAGGAGGUGGAGGAGGAGGAGGAAAGGUGAACAACGGCAACGUAGUGAGCGGAGGUAGUUACAAUACCAAUGGGAAAGUGAAAUCGCAGCAGCUUCUGGACGCCACCUCGCUGCACCUGGCGGUGGAGGCCUUCUACAGACCCAACUUCAUCCUGUACAAGGAGGACAGCAGCAGCAUCAAGGCUAAGGAAUACAAAAGCGAGUGCUGUGAGACCACCUUCACGGAGAAGAAGGCGAAGGAGGCGUCCAACACAACGGGGGCGGACACGCCCGGCACGGAGGAUCCCCAGGCGAAGCUGCUGGAAGAAGGCGAACACGUCAAGAUCCAAACCGUGUCGUACGAGGUGGAGGAGGAGGAGUACGUGGAGUACGAGACGGACUGCUCCAGCGACAGCGAGAGCGAGGACAACUUCAUCGUCGUCCCGCCGCGAGACCACCUGGGCCUGGCCAUCUUCUCCAUGCUCUGCUGCUUCUGGCCCCUGGGAAUCGCGGCGUUCUACUUCUCGCAGGGGACCACCAAGGCGGUGAACAAAGGUGACUUCCCGCUGGCCAACAUCGCGUCCCGACGGGCUCUGUUCCUCGCCGCCCUCUCCAUCACUAUAGGCACCGGCGUGUACGUCGGGGUAGUGGUAGCUCUCAUCGCCUACCUUUCUAAACCAGGACACAUAUAGCGGCCGCACCCUGCCUCCACACACCGCCCCGGGGGAGCCCAGGUGGAGAACAACACCCCCACCCCCGUCCUUCCCCCUUGGGAACGGCAGCGCUCCUGAAAACUUCAACGAAAGUUUUUUUUUUGGUUUUUCUUCUGGGGGAUGUACAGUUUCCUUUUGUUCCCCCCCCCACCCCCACCCCCUUCUCCACCAUCCUUUCUUUCCAGCUUUCUCUCCCUACAGGCCCUCUGUCAGCCUAGAUUAUCCACAGUGACUGGAGAGAGGUCAAGCUGGAGGGUGAGCAGAGAGGGAACUCGGGAUAGACAAAGGUUUUUUUGUUGAGACGAAGCAGAGUUUGAGUAAUGGAAAUAUUCCACGUUGGAGUUCAUCCCAUUGACUUAAACCCCUGUUGGCAUCAUCCUCUUUUUUUUUCUUUUUUUUUUUCUUUCUAACUGCCAAGACCCCGACAAAAAAAGAAAAAACGCUGAGGAGGACGGACUGAGACUCCUUGAACUUGAGCAAUUAGAGGUUGAGGAAGGUUGGAAAGUCAACGCUCUUAAGCCGACUCUAUGUUGUUGUUGUAUGAGCUGCAGUUAAACGUGUAGCCUCUACCGGAGUCCUGUCUCCUUCCUGUCAUCGCAAGUUCGCCACCCGGGACUGUCUUUAAGAGACCGUGAGCCUCCCUCAUCAACUCAAACACCCAAGACUGUGUCCGUCUCUGGAUGACCACAAUUUCAGAUUCUUGUAUCACGAAACUUAAGAGGAAAAAGAAAACACAAAAAAAAACAGAAACCACUGAGUGAAGAAUAAAGCUCUGAUUGGGGAAAAAAAGAAAAUCAUGAUCAAAUACAAUCAGAGGCCGUUUCUUUUGUCAUUGAACAUUAUGCACUGGCAUGAAUCGAAUGUGAACGAAGCCUCGGGCUUGUGUUUUUUCACCCUCGGAGAAAAGGUGUCCAUCUAUCAAAGACGUGCCCUGAAAUCUACUCAAAUCUGUUCACGCCAGAUAUGGUUUGCCUCCACACGUGCAAAAUCUGCUUUUUUUUUUUUUUGGUUUUUUAAUGUAUUUUUCUGUUCCCUGCUGUCUAAAGGCACCUUGAUUAAUCUCACUUCAAGGAAUGCUUAUUUAUAGCCUUCGCAAAAAAAAAAAAAAGUAAAGCACAGAAGAAGCGAGGAGGCCAGAUGGUCAGGAAUUCAGGGGGAAAGCGGUGCAUGGUGUCUCCCGCUGAAUCCCGUAACUCAACGUGAAGUGAAACAUCAGCCCCUCGCAAUGGGCGAGGAAGUUAUAAAUCAGGUAGGAUAAUGUCAUUUAAAAAGCGGGCCUUACUGAUCCUCCCGGGGCUGCACGGAGACAAACAAAGUGCAGCCGUCUGACAGCUCUGGAUUCAGCUGUGAUCAGUCAUUCCUUGCAUGAGUCUUGCUACGCCAGCAGUACACUGCGAUGCAUGAUGAAUCGGAUCUAGUACCUGCUUUUGUCAGAUCAUUAAGAAAAAAAGCCUAAAUUAAAAUUGAUCAGGCCGCGACGGGGCUCAUAUUUUGUGCAGCGCUUCAACCGACAGACUCCCCAUUCGGCUCAGAGGGCGUUUUAAAGGUUAUGUUGAAAGUGUUGAAGUCAAAUUUAUACUCAAAACAAACAGGCGGCAGCAUGUUAUUGGUAACGUAUAACUGCUGCUAACUAGAGCUUCCAUUAGCUGGUUAGCUCGAUUAGCUGUGCAGCUCGCGGUUUGGACUGGGGAGCUCGAGGACAAGGGAAGUGUUAUUGGAGUUAUGAAAGCUGGCUAGCAUGCUAAUUUUUCAUGGUAACUUCUGCCAUUUUUUUUUCACAAUCUGUUGGUAACUUUAGCCGAUCUUAAGAGAAAAAAAAACAUCCGCACACUCAAUCUGUGCAAAAAUCUGUUUAAUGUGCACGAGCUUUCAGCCGGGACUACAACUCCCUUGAUGUUUCACCAGUGUGUUCUGCAUGCAAGCUAAUCAAGUGAUGCGCUUUUUAACCUGUUCGUACUACAGCAACCUCUUGCUGCCUGUUCAAAGCCUUUGAAGAAGGUCUCAGACCGAAAGCUUGCGCACAUCUAACAGAUCUCAGCACUUAUUGAGUGUGUGGAUGCUUCCUUCUGUCCCAGACUGAUGUUUUAUAGCUCCUGCACCUGUUUUAGUUUGAGCGUUUUCAGCCCAGAUUCUUCCGUAUUGCCCCUUUAAAGUAAUAUUCCAGUUUGUUCUUUCACAACUUAAGAAUUCUUGCAGAAAACAGACAAAAUUACUGAUCCUCCCUCUGUAUGAAGGGCUUAUUAAUCAAAGAUGUAUUCGUUUUGCGUUUUCAUUACGCAGACAGGUAGACGCUAGUUCAAGCGGCGAAGCCUCAAGAGGUGACAUUAUACACUUGGUUUCUCUGCACAGGUCCCGCAUUAGUCAUAGCUGACAUUUAUGGUGCACAAUUAGCUCACCGUAAUGGCUUUUUUUUUUUUUUUCUGAAGGAAUGUGUACUCUCUGGAGCUCAGUCCUGAAAUAGCACAAGCACAUUAAUUUCCCUAAUAAGCCACUUUUGCCGCCGUUGCCGGCGUGCUGUCAGAGCGCGCAGGUAAACAAUCCGUUUACACGUCCUCGGCUCUGUGAGCGUUUUUAAAAUAAACAUGCGAGUUGGUUCUGUCGUGCGAAUGGAAAGUGAACGUCGCCCCGCGCUCUCCUGUGCGGCUCUGCAGAAAUAGAAACUGCAGCGAAGGCGCCGAGCUUCUUUUUUUUUUUUUUUUUUUUCUUUCCUCCUUUUGAAUUUUUAUUUUUGGCCACGUUGAUUCAGGAGAAUUCGAACGCUGACUGAUUCGUUUGCAGCCCCCCUGAGGUUCAGCUCGUUGAGUAAUAGCCGGUCAUUACACACUGCAGAUGUUUGGCCUUUUAUAAUCUCCGACCCCGCCUCCCCUUCUUAACACCACAUGUCCAGCGGUGACUAAUGAGCCGCUGGUUUCCAUAUCGAGCAUACGCACACGUCACGACCAUCUCUGUAACUAUACUGAAAAGACUCUGUAUGUUUUUGGGGGUUUUUUUGUUUUUUUUUGCUCACGUCUCUCGGGAGAAAGUUUCAAAUUGCUGAUAAUGCUGAAAACAUGCUUUGUAUUAAUGUUGCGUGUCACUCAAAUGGUGUGUUUUUCUUUACCUGGCUUCUUUUCGGCAACCCUGGUAUUGUGCAAUGUGUUAUUUUCUUCUCAUCGUGACGAGCUGAUGUACACACGUUUUUGCCGAAUUCAAGAAGAUGACAUUGUCUUUUCUUACGUUUCUGUUUGGGGAUUUUGUCUUUUUUCUUUUGUGAAGGCAACAUGUACAUAGUGCAAAUAAAGAAAUGUUCAAAUGUAAUGACAAAUAAAUCAGAAAGGAAGGACGG